UAUGAAUGAAUUUAGUGUGGUCAGGGUGGUGGUCAAGCGAUGUUUAAGAUCCUAGGUUGCAUUUUGUCCUGAUCUUCUGAUUUUAGAUUAAUAGAAAAUGAUGGGGAUUCAGAGUACAAAACUUAUCGUGCUAUUUCUACUGCUUGGGGUCCUUAGUUUUGCUGAAUGUUACAAGAUCAGGUUCCCGAGAGACGACUUAUUGACCAACCAACCUCACCACCACGAUUAUGUGGACAAUCCUGGUCCAUUUCCGAUACAAAAAUUAGACGAAAGUGAACAAGGAGUAACACAUCAUCGUCGACAAAGGCGGUCCUUUGAUUUUGGAGGACUUUUGGAUUACGCCAUGGGCACAAUCUACUCUUUAAUGACCCAUCCGUACCCGUAUCCAUCCCUAUACGGACACGGCUAUGGCCACAGACUAAUAAAUCCAUUACUGUCAAAGCUUGGAGGAGGUGGAUUUGGGGGAGUCGGGUUUGGAAAUCGGUACAACAGAUAUUCCUACUCACCAGGGUCAUACAGUACGUUUUAUGCAACACGGGGUUAUGGAUUUCAUUAAACUUUGUUACAUUAUUUUGUAGUAGAAAUAUCUACGAUGAAUAAAUCCAUUGAUUUAACAGAGUUACAAA